CAGGACUCCCGAGUCUAUUCUCGCGGGAACGCAAGUCCGUUCUCGCCGUCUUAGGUAUUGAGAAAGUUUUCACUUCCCAGUUUCCGGUCGGAGCAAUACACUUAAGACACAAAAUGGCGACGUCCUUGCUGCGGUUAGGGCGACUGGGGUCCCUAAAGUGUCUCCAGCUGGAGAACUGGGGCGUUCUGACCGGUCGCUCGGCUGCUUGCCUCUGCACUCGGGCCAAAGAACCUGCGGAGCCAACAAAAAAGACGCAGGCUGUAAAAAAGCCAGCAGAAGCUCCAGAAGAGAGGUCAAUCUUUCUAGCCUAUAAGACAACAGUUACCUUCCCAGCUCGACUUUCUGAGUCAGGAGUUUUACCAACACACACUGUAGGCGUAACUGGACCAGUGGCGGACACAAUUAGAGCUGCAGUCGUUACUACCAGUGAACCAAUUGGAGCUGAGUUAGAGGGUGCAGAGGCUCCAGCUGCUGACCCAGAUGUUGUUCAGGUUAUUACCAACACCGCGCCACCUGUAGGUGACUCAGUUCCCCCAGCUGUUGAGCGCCUGGUACAUCCAAGCAGUAAAACCUCUGCAUCAGGCAGCACUUCAGACGAUGCAGUCUCAGCUGCUGCAGCUUCCUCUGAACCAGGCAAACCAGAAGCUGAUGGCUCAUCCUCCAGCGACUCUGACUCUGAUUCAGACUCUGAGGAAGAGAAAACCGAAGUGAAGACUGAAACCAAGACCUCCCCGCCACCAGUAUCAGAAUCCAUUCCGAAAGAAGCAGAAGUUCAAGAGAACACUUCAGGGAUGAAGGAAGACCCAAAUGAAGCUACGGUAGAAGUUCGACCAGGACCUAAAUCUGUUCUCUCUUUUGCUGCUGAGGUUGCACAGGAGGCCUUUCCAGCAGCAGAAGAAGCUCAAGCUACCAUCAAAGUACCCAGUAUUGGAUCUGAGAAGUUAGUGAAGCCUGCUCCUAAGAUCGGCACAGCCACAAAAGACGUUGGUCCCGAAGCUUCAGCUGAAGCUAUAGUGGAAUCUGCUUUAAAAGUUACGGAAGACCGUGCAUCUUCUGCCACCGAAUACCAGGUAAAAUGUCCUUCAUCAUCAAACAAAGCCCAGAAAGAUGCUCCAGUGGAAACCCCAAAGAGCGCCUCUGCUCUAACCCCCAGAGAAGUUGCUGCAGCUAACGUGUCUGCCCCAGUGGAGAGCACAGAGGAGCUGGAGAAUCCUGCUCCAUUGAUAGCUGACGCUGAAGCCGUCCCAUUAGAAGCUGAGGCUGCAGUUGAAGUUUCUGCUCCUGUGGGGAAGUCAGAGGAGCUGGUGGACCCUGCUCCAGUGAUAGCUGAGGCUGGUGGAGAGGAGCAACAGGCGAGCGCCCCAGUUAAACCGUCUGAGGAGGCUGCAGCAGUGGCACCUCCAGAGCCUGAUGAGCCUUUUGACAACAGCACUUAUAAAAACUACCAGCACCACAACUACAACCCCUACACAUUUUCAGACCUGGACGUGGAGAUGGCCAAGUUUCGUCUCCCGCAGCCCUCCUCCCUCAGACACUAGAGGAGUUGGCCUUGUUGCUUAGAGAUAAUGGUCAUGUUGUUUCACCCUUUUUACAAUGACCAUUCCCUCACCUGCAUGCAAUUCUGCUGCCAAAAUGUGUAAUAUUAUUAAAGCACAAAAAUGGGAAA